AUGGCCGCGACAAUUAAAGCCAUCAAUGCGCGGAUUCGCUCCAACAAGGUCCUCGAUUAUUUCUGCUCCACACAUUUCUGGGGCCCAGCUUCGAAUUUCGGUAUCCCCAUCGCCGCCGUGUUGGAUACACAGAAGGACCCUGAGAUCAUCUCGGGACAAUUCACAGCCGCGCUCACGGUAUACUCGGGGACGUUCAUGCGAUAUGCCCUCGCCGUGACGCCCAAGAACUACUUGCUGUUCGCGUGCCACUUUGUCAACUUCAACGCACAGCUCACGCAGGGGUACCGGUGGUAUGAUUACUGGUAUGGCUCCGGCAAAGAACGCUGGGAAAAGAUCCGCGCCGAAAAGGCCAAGGCGGAACUCGAGGGCACGGUCGACUCGAUCGCCAGCCAGACAAAGGACAAGGUUCAGGGCGCUGUGGAGGAGGUGAAGAAGACGGUCUCGUGA